CCGCUACAUUCUUCGGAGAAAGAGGCGGGGGAUGGCAGCUGCCGAUUGAUCGCCGGGAACACGAGCGGUAACUAAUAUGCGCCGUGAUGACCGCGCUAACUUGCGCUAUUGCUUCCUGCUAUAAAAGCGAAAUCCAGGGCUCCGUCUUCUCCCCCGUCUCUCUCUCCCACCGCUAGGGUUCCAGUUCGGCUCGAAUGGAGUCAGCGGUGGCCUGGAUGGAGCCGAGCCUCGACCUGGACAAGCUGAGCCACGAGGUCUUCUCCAUUCUCGAGAACAAGUUCCGCUUCGGCUCCGACGAACCCAACCCCUUUCUCGCCGCCGAAAGCCCGCCGGCGACGCUUCCCAAUGCCUCCGCCGCUGAAAGUGUCCGCAUCCUCUCCAUUGACGGAGGCGGUUCCGCCUCCGAUGGCCUCCUCUCCCGCAUCAAGGCCUUUCUUCGCAAGCUCUCCGGCGACCCCACCUCUCGAAUCGCAGACUUCUUCGACCUGGCCACCCGAUCCGGCGCCGGUGGGGUCCUCGUCGCUAUGCUUUUCGUCCCGGGCCCAAACGGCCGAAGCCCGGUCUUCUCUGCCGACGAGGCCCACUGCCUUCUCCCAAGGAAUCGCUCCCGGCUCGCCACAUCCAACGAGCAGGGGUUCCUCCGCAAAAUUUUCCAGCGAUUUGGCGGCGGCGGAGGGGUGUUCUUCCGGCGGAUCUUCGGUGACGCGACGCCGCGGGACACCGUGAAGCCGGUGGUGAUCCCGUGCUACGACCCGGUUUCAGGGGCGCCAUUCGUCUUCCCGCGGGCGGACGCGGUGGAAACAAACGGCUACGAUUUCCUGAUGCGGCAGGUGUGCGACGCCACAAGCGCGGCGCCGGGAGCGGCGGCGGUGGGGACGCGGUCCUUGGACGGCCAUUCGAGGGUCCGAGCCGUCGGCGGGGUGCUGGCGAUGAGGAACCCCACGGAGGCUGUCGGCACGCACAUCCUGAACAACAAGCUGGAGUUCCCCUUCGCCACCGGUGCACAGGACCUCCUGGUGCUCGCGCAGGAUGCCGGGGAGCCGGAGCCCGCCGGAAGAACGCCAGCACCGCCAUCGGCGGCAAACCUCGUCCGUCUCGCAGGGAUGGGGCGCCAGGCCGACGUGGUGGCUGAAGCGAUGGCCAUGGCGUUCGGGAAGAAUAGGACAACGAACUACAUCCGCGUUCAGGGAAAUGGUGACAGCUGGGGACCAGCGGUGGACGGAGUGGAACCUGCGGAGGAGACGCUGGCGGCGAGGAACGUGGAGCCGGUGCUGUUUGGAGGGCGGAAAUUGACGGAGCGAACCAACGGCGACAAGCUGGAGUGGGUGACGGAGGAGCUCAUCAGGCAGCACGAUUGGAGGACGAGCAGCAAAGUGCCGACGGUCCUGAUCAAUCCGACGAUGACGCCAGGGGCGUCCUGCUCGACCACCGUCUCCACGAUGUAUUCUGCGUCUCCCUGAUGCUGCCAAGUGUUACAUAUUUCGCUUUGAAAGUUUUUUUUUUGGUUGAUCGGUGUGCCCGCGGAGCCGAUGGCCGGUCGGGAUGUAAGAAGGAGAGAGCUUGAUAAAAAGGGGUUCAAGUCUUUACGGUUGUAGAUAUUAGUGUACGAUAUGACUGAAAGAGUGAUGAUAGCGUUGAGAAUGGUGUGCCUUGUACAUUGUACGAUUUUAACGUUUUUUCUCUUUUUUUUUUUUUUUUUUUCAUGAUCUCUUAGGAGAUUUAUAAGAGUGCUUAGUCAUGUGUUGCAGAUUCGGAAUGUGUAUUUAUUUAGCUGAAAUUUGUUUACAAAGUUGUAAAAAACAAAGUUCUAUCAUAUAAAAUAUGCUUCUUUGUCUGGAGAAA